AUGUCUGGUCGAGGGGAUAGUUCAGGCAGUGGCCGUGUUCGUGGAGGUGGACGUAAAGGUGCUCGUGGGGGUGCUCGUGGAGGUGCUCAUGGAGGUGCUCAUGGAGGUUCUCAUGGAGGUGCUCGCGAUAGUCCACAUAUCACACAAUCCACUCAGGAUACCUUCUUUGAUGAUGACAUGACUCAGGGUGAGUAUGAUAGUGAGGUUGUACCUGAGACACAACAAGAUGAAGUGGUUGUUGAGCCGAGAGUGUUUUGGAUGACACCUGGUGAACUAUGCGGACUCACAAGUGGCCACCGGAGUACGACACCUUGGCUUUGCAUGACUACCAUGAAAUUAAAAGCGGGAGCAAGACUAAGGGACUUGCACAACAACAUCACCUCAAGAAAGGGUGGAGAACGUCCUAAGUGGUUGCCCGAGGAUGUGCAUAAAGAGAUGAUGAGGCAUGCAACGGAGGAUCCUGAAUUCCUGAAAAAGUCUGAGCGUGCUAAGAAGAAUAGGAGAGGCGGUUCACUAACCAAUCCAAUUGAACCCACACAUUUUCAAGGUUCCAUUUCCACAGUUGAACAUGAAAAAAAAAUGGCAAAAGACAAUGGAGGUGCUUUGCCUACGGCCGGUGAGUUAUAUUUGAGGACGCACACGAAGAACAUACCGGGUAAAGGGAAUGUACCAUGCAGUAGCAAAGCGAAACAGAUCAAGGAAACAUAUGAAAAGACUGUUGCUGAAUGCCGUGAAAAAGGCAUUGAAAAGGAUCCAAAUCAAAUAUUUUUUGAGACAGUUGGUGGGAGAAAGAAGGGAAAGGUCCAUGGCUUGGGGAGUGGCUCACAUUUGUAUUAUGCACCACCUUCGAGGGGAGGUGGUUCUUCUAGCUCAUACAUACCUUCCCUUUAUUCGCAAUUUCAAGAAAAAUUUACUCAAAAGACCCAAGCGUUGGAGGCGACACAAGCUCAGAUACUAAGGGAGAGAGAAGAAGAGAGACUGGAGCGACAAAGGGAGAAGGAAGAGCUACGAAGGGAGAAGGAAGAGCUACAAAGGCAGAGAGAUGCAGAGCGACUAGAGCGCCAAAGGGAGAAAGAAGAAAAAGAAGAAAAUGAUAGGGUCCAAGCAAAGGUGAUUUCCGAGUUGAAAGAGGCAAUGGAGAACUAUGGAAGGAUGUUCAGUCAGUGUAGUCAAUUUCAGUCUCAAGACCGUCAAGAUCCCCCUGGCGGAGGGGCUGGGCUAGCUACUUUGUAGAUUUUCAAAUAUAUUUUCUAUAUAUUUAUGUAUUAACUCGUAGUUAUGUAUUAUCAGUAUGAACAAGUUUGUUAAUAUUAUCAAAGCUUUGUACUCCGUAGUUCGUGUUUUGAAUAUUGUGGUCGCAGGAAUUAUAUUGAA